AACACCCACCCUCCUUCUUCCUCCUCUGAGUCAGUCGGUCUCUCUCCUGCCAAAUAUUUUUCACAGAUUGCACUUUCUCCCACUCUAAUCCAACCUUUCUUUAAUCCAAAAAACCCAUUUGUUAUAGUACAUUGCUGUCUCUGAUACUCCAUCUCUCUCUCUCUCUCUCUCUCUCUGUCCACCCACAUUCAUUUGGAAAUUCUCUCCUACCCUGCAAGCAAAAGCAGCUUUCACCUUUUCUGUGGGUCUCUCUCUUGUUUCUGGGAUUGUGUGCUUUUACUCAUUGAGAUCUGCUUAAAAAAUGGGUUACUCCCCAGGCACUUUCACCUACUCCAGAGAGCCACCCAAUGCUCCUCCUCCUCUUCCUCUACACACUUCCUCCUCUUUAGCCAUACAUCACCAUUACUACAAUGACCACAGACUCAAAACCCUUGUAAAGAAAAUGUUCAGGCAGCUUGGUCUGGCCUGCUUUCUCCCACCUCCUCGCCGGAGGACGACCAACCAGAAGACCCCAUUUGAUGACGACGGCAACAAUGGCGGCAACAGCAGCAACAACAACAAGAAGAUAAAUUUAGAGCACAACAAAGCGUGGCUGCUGGCGGAGUCCGGCGGGUGUGGGGCGGAGUUGGCAAAUGCCGAUCCCCAAUCGGUUCACUCCUCUUUCAGGUUCAGCUUCUGCUCUCAGGUCGAGCUGGAAUCCAUGAACAUGAGCUCCUCCGCCGCUGCAACGGUUCUAAUGGUGAAUUUGGGAGAUGGGUUGUCUGAAUCCAAAGCUAAAGAGAUGCAAUGGAGGAGAUUUGAGUCGUUGGAGAGGAGCAUAUCCCCAGUGGCUCACACGCUGAUCAGAUUUAGCUACGGUGAAAUUCUCGCAGCUACUCGUAAUUUUUCGAAAGGUAGAGUUUUAGGGAGAGGAGCUUUGAGCUGUGUGUUUAGAGGCAGAGUUGGGAUUUUGAGAACUGCUGUGGCGAUCAAGCGAUUAGACAAGGAAGAUAAAGAGUCUGCUAAGGCAUUUUGUAGAGAGCUGAUGAUUUCUUGCUCUCUUCACCACCCAAAUGUAACACCUCUUGCGGGAUUUUGCAUCGAUCCAGAGGAGGGUUUGUUUUUGGUUUAUAAGUAUGUCUCCGGGGGAAGCUUGGAGUGUCAUUUACAUGAGAAAAAGAGGGGAGUUAAGGGCUCUGCAACACUUCCUUGGUUCGUAAGGCACAAGGUUGCUAUUGGAAUUGCUGAGGCAAUUGCAUAUCUGCAUAAUGGAACUGAACGCUGUAUUGUUCACAGAGAUAUCAAACCCUCGAACAUUCUCCUUUCGUCCAAGAAAACUGCCAGGCUAUGUGAUUUUGGAUUAGCCACUUGGACUUCCGCACCUUCCGUCCCUUUCCUUUGCAAAACUGUCAAAGGAACAUUUGGUUACUUGGCUCCUGAGUAUUUCCAGCACGGGAAAAUAUCCGAUAAAACUGACGUGUAUGCUUUUGGGGUGGUCUUGCUGGAAUUGAUAACUGGUAGGAAGCCGAUUGAAGAAAGAAGGCCACAAGGAGAAGAAAACUUGGUUCUAUGGGCAAAGCCCCUCUUGUGUAAAGGGAAAGGAGCUAUUGAGGAGCUGCUUGAUCCACAUAUAAAAUGCACUUCGAGAAAUUCAAAUCAAAUAGCCCGGAUGAUUGAAGCUGCAGCUGCCUGCAUAACGAGUGAAGAAUCCCGAAGACCGAGCAUUUGUGAGAUAAUGGCAAUACUUAAAGGUGAAGAAGAAUGUAUCGUUUCCAAGAGGAAGAGGCCUAGUUUUCUGGGGAGUGGACUGGUCAUUGAUUGUCAUUCUCAGUUACAGCAAACGAAAAGCGAGGUGCAGAAUCACCUAGCUUUGGCUAUGUUAGGAGUUUCCGAGUUUGAAGACGAUGAUCACCUUUGCGCUUGUUGAUACAUUGCACCGGAACUAUCUGGAUUUUUCAGUUCUUAGAUUUGUUGUUGCUUGCUUGAACUCUGAACAGAGUGGUAUGCUAGAAGUGAGUACGAGAGUUGAUAUUGUAGGUAGGAAUAGGAGUCUGCUGUGUAUAUAUCUUCCAUGUACCUGUCCCUAUCCAACUAUUCUAACAGGAAAAUUGUAACACAUUUUUCUUCUUUUUUUAGUUUAAAGAUUUUGUGUCAUUGUCA